UGAAGAGCGAGAGCGAGAGAAAGAGAGAUGCUAUGACGAGGGAAAGCGACUCUUCAAAUUCUCAUUCUAGGGUUUUUGUUUUAUAUAUUCGUGUAUUUGAAUUUUUAGAAUUUGAAUUUAGGGUUUACUGUUGAACACCGCUCUCUGCUCUGAAUUUUCCCGAGAAAGUGACAGAACUCCAAAAUCUAAAAGCAACGGUUAUGAUCAUGAAACGCGAAUUGGGCAGCACUAACAGUAGCAGUACCCCCAGUGAGGGAGUUGACGAAGCCUGUGAAGCAGGCUCCAGCGACUCUGGACCUCGGGGCGUCGCUGACCGCCGAAUCCUUCGCUCUCGGUACCUCGCCGUGAAAAGCCGCAUUGGUGAUGAAAGCGAUGAUAUGAUAAGAGUAGAUUCUGAUAAGUUUCAGUCAAUCAUCGAUGAAGUGGAAAGCUUGCAUAAUCUCGUACAAAAACCAAGAGAACAAGUUGCUGAUGCAGAGGCUCUUUUGGAUAUUGCAAACAGAUUGGUAUCUUCUGUCAAGACACAUAACAGUGAAGGAAUAACACCUUCAGAUUUUGUAACAUGUCUUCUCAGAGACUUUGGGCAGCAAAGUGAACUGGGUGGUAGCACAGAGGGUUCCAGGAAUACUAUAUUCUGGAAGGAUAUUGGUGUUGCAGUCUCACAUGUUUUCAGGAGAUGUCCAGGAUGCUGUACUAUGAUUGGGCCCAUGAACACUGAGCUGAAGCAACGGAAGAGUUUUGUCCGUAGAAAACAUGUGAGACCCACAGAGAGUGCUCGACCUGAAGAGUUUGAUGAUGCUGUUGCACAAGAGAGAACAGAUACUGAUAAAAAUAUGUCAACUAUGUUUGAUAUCUUGAGGAAGAAUAGAAGUGUCAGGCUCGAAAAUCUUGUAUUGAACAGAAACUCUUUUGCACAGACAGUUGAGAAUUUAUUUGCCUUAACAUUUCUGGUUAAAGAUGGGCGGGCUGAGAUAAAAGUCAAUGAGAAAGGCUGUCAUUUUGUUUCACCAAGGAAUGCUCCUUCUGCAAGUGCUGUUGCCAAAGGCGAUGCUGCUUUCAGCCACUUUGUUUUCAGAUUAGAUUUUAAGGAUUGGAAGUUGAUGACUUGUUCUGUUGGGGUUGGGGAAGAGCUGAUGCCGCACAGGAAUCAAGCAAACAUAUCAAGCAAUUCCGAAGUAGAUCCACCAUCUGGAGAAUCUCAAGCACCAGUCUCUACAACACCUAUAUGGAAGUUGUGCAGGAAUCGUGGCCUGGUUUUACAAGAACAGUCAGUUGUGGAAGACUCACCGCAAGGCGACCAUGUUGAAGAAAAAACUGCUGCGAUUCGAAAGAAGCGUAGGACUUUAAAAUGGUCGGAUGCAGAAUUUUCAGUAGCAUCAUAACUUUUUUCUAGCUGAAAGUUAGGAUUUGCUUGUAAAUUUGUUUUUUCGAUAAGUAAUUAACCCAAGGGAAGGGAGAAAGGGAAGAUUUUUCUUGUAACUUACAGUCAUUUAGCUCUGUAUAUCAUAGAAAUAUAUGAUCAAUUCAUUAGUUUGUAUAUCCUAGAAAUAUAAUCAUUCCGGUCCCUUCCCAUGUGCUUGCCUCUGGCAUAUUUUGUGGGGUUCUUUUUUACACAAUAAAUUUUCAGUAGUCAUUCUUUUUA